UAAAUGACAAAAGAUUUUGAAUGGUUGAAAUAAACGUAAAAAUUAACUUAUUAAACAUACUAGUACUUGUACUGUGCGUAAUAAAUAUUUUAAAAUAUAUGAAUAAUUAUUAUAAUUGAUUUUUUGGAAAAAUCAAAUCGAAGUUCCAUUUUAAUAAUUCAUGAUAGAUCAGGGAGUUUGAAGGUUAUAACGAAUGAGCCUGUUUUGAAAGUAACUAUUUUUCGCAAAUCAAUAAGCAACUAUUCUUAGACUGAGUUAAUGAAUUCAAAAUGUCAUUAUUUACUUUGUAAUAAUUAUAUUAAUCUAAAGGUUUGGCGCCUUUAAAGACAUAUUUCCGUUUCCGGUGUUCUUUAAUUGACGUACGUGGAGUCAUAUUUUUAACUCAUUAAAAAAAAACGUACGGGUUAAACUUUUAACGGAUUCGUAGCUAAAGAUAUAAAAAGUUUAUAGAAAUAAAACGAGUUCAUCAGUCUGGUCACGGAAAACUUGUUACUUAGCAAGUGGGGCGAGAGAGGUGCUCGACAGUUCGACGCACCAUCUCCAGCCUCAAUUUCACGAUACUGUAUACCGGAUUACAUGCUGGUGAAUCAUUCCAAUCAAUUAUACACAUAACGCUUCCUCUGUUCACGUCUAAGCUCUGUUGUUUUCAACGAGCAGGACGAUGGAAGAACUAAUGGAUAGGGCUAUAUCUCCAUCUGGCGAUAGUAAUCUCUCUGGAGGUGAAGAUUUGACUGGAAGAAUUGUAACACCAACAAGUGACCGUUUAAUUAUGAGUGACAUAAUGAUAAAGAAUACCACAAGAACACCGCCUACUAAAAAAGCAAAACGAGUUAGAUUUUUUCGAAAUGGUGAUAAGUUUUAUACUGGUAUCGUGAUGGCUGUUACUCCAGAACGGUACAGAAGUUUUGACAGCUUAACAUCUGAUUUAACUAGAGCUUUGAUAUCAAGUGUUACAUUGCCUAAUGGGGUACGUGCAAUUUAUUCUAUGGAUGGGAAAAAAAUUCAAAGUGUAAGUGACUUGGAGGAUGGUAAAUGUUAUGUUGUUUCUGGCCAAGGAGAGUUGUUUAAGAAAGUGGAAUAUUCUUCUACGAAAGUUAGAAGAGGUAGUUCUCUUUCUGGACUGCCACAAUCUCCAGCUGGUACUGGUAAACAGGUCAGUUCUAUUCCUGUUUGUGUAAAAGCUAGAAUAAUCACAUUAAUCAGACAUGGAUCGAAGCCGCGAAAAGUUUUACGUCUGCUACUCAAUAAGAGAAAUUCAGCAAGCCUUGAACAUGUGUUUGAAGCAAUAACUGAAGUAGUAAAACUUGAUUGUGGUGCUGUCAGAAGAGUUUAUACUUUAUCUGGUAAACUGGUGAUAUCUUUGGAGCAGUUUUUUGAGAAUGAAGAAGUGUUUUUGGCAUAUGGAAAUGAAAGAUCAGUUCAAGAAGAUUUUGAACUUGAUGUUGAAGAAUCAAAAUGUGUUCAAAGCUUCAGACGUGGUCCAUGGAUAUCAAAAAGACAAAGUGGUCCAAUGCCAGUGAUGCCUCAUAAAACAGGAAAACGUACUCUUACUGCACCGCAAGUUAGAACUCCUAGUCCUUCAUCAUUAAUACUACCACAGCCAUUAAGAAUGCAUUACACAGUGGGUCAUGUCAUUGGCGACGGAAAUUUCGCUGUUGUCCGACAUUGUGUUCAAAAACAAAGCGGAGCAGAAUAUGCAAUAAAAAUCGUGGACAAAAAUAAAUGUCAAGGAAAAGAAACUAUGCUUAUGAGUGAAGUAUCUAUUCUCCGUCAAGUUUGUCAUCCUAACAUAAUUAGUUUAAUUGACGAACAAGAAACUGCCGAUCAAUUGUUCUUAGUGAUGGAGUUAGUAAAGGGAGGAGAUCUAUUUGACGCAAUAGCUGAAGUAUCUAAAUUUUCAGAAGCAGAAGCAAGUGUUAUGAUAGGACAUUUAACCUCUGCAUUAGCAUAUUUACAUGCACACUCGAUUGUCCAUCGUGAUGUUAAACCGGAAAAUCUCUUAGUAGAAAUGGAGGGUAGUCGAGUAAGAUGUUUAAAGUUAGGAGAUUUUGGCCUUGCUCAGCUUGUUAAAGAGCCACUUUACACUGUUUGUGGAACACCAACAUACGUAGCACCAGAAAUUUUAGAAGAAGUAGGAUACGGCCUCAAGAUUGAUGUAUGGGCAGCUGGUGUAAUUUUAUACAUUUUGCUUUGCGGUUUUCCACCGUUUGUAUCUCCUAUAAAUGAUCAAGAAGAAUUAUUCGAACUGAUUCUUAGUGGACAGUAUGAGUUCACAUCGCCUUAUUGGGAUCCAAUAUCAGAUUCUGCAAAGGAGCUUAUCUCAAAUAUGUUACAAGCUCAACCUGAAUUACGGUUCAGUGCAGAGGAUGUUUUAGAUCAUCCUUGGCUUGUGAGCUUUCUAGGAGGCGAUCAAACCACAACAGGAGCCGUUGCAGCCACCCAAUCGCCGCAGCAACACCGGGAUCAGCAGUGUCAGCCGCUAAAAGCUGUGACAUUAGAAGCCCAUUUCAAGCCAUUCGAACGGUCGAAUGAUUUUUAUAACAAAGGUUCAGACAACAAUAUUAUGGUGCACAGUCAAGACCAGAUUGAUCGCUAUAAUGGAAACGGCAUUAAUGAUGAUCCAGUUUCCUUGAGUGCUGAAUGUUUACAUGAUAUACGUGCACUUACCUCAUCCAUGCAUGAUUUAAUGAAUAAUAUUGAAGAGGACACAAGCGAACAAGCAAAUAAGAGUGAUGAUCUUACAUCAUCUUUCAACAGUAUUGAAGAAAACAUGUAUUCAAUGACGAAAAAUAAUAAUGGAUAUUGUCAAAGUCCAGUUUCGUCAAAAGUACAUUCCACAAGUAAAAGAAAUGACAAUUCUAUCUCUGACAUUCAUUCCAAUACCGCUGCAUUAUCAAUUGAAGAAUUUUAUACUUCUCAAUUAAAUAAACAGAGUAAUUGUUGCAAAUUACGGCCCAAAAGGGCAAGUAUUCACAGUGUUAAUGCAGUUAGUACUACGACAGCUAAUAAAAGCAGUAAUAAAAAUUUAUUGAAUAAUACUCUAUCCAAAAAUGUACGUACUGAAUAUCUGUCUCAUUCGAUGGAUGUUCUUAGCAGUAGUUCUGAUAACAACAUAGAGACAUCUGAUAGUUUUGUAAAUAUUCAAUUUGCAAAAAUAGCCAAAGAUAAUCCUGGUUCUAGUUCCAAUCAGAGUACAGAGUCUUCUGAGAGUUUUGAAAAUAUAUGCUUUCAUGAUGGGACCAAAAAUGUUAAUGACGUAAAAAAUAAUCAUCCACAUCAAGUUAAUCGACGGCAAGUUGUUAAAAAAACGUCCGUAAAUGUAACACCAAAUCGUCAUUCUAUGGUCUCAAGAUUACCACGAGCUUCACAAAUUCCAGUACAAAUUAAUGAUCAGCAAAAUUCACCAAAAUUAUCUCAUAAAUUGGAACCUACAAAGUUACCACAAAGUGAGUCAGUGAAAUUGCGUGAGAAGAAAAGUCUAAUGAAUCCUUCAAGUCAAACAAAACAAGAGAAGCAUAAAAGAUAUAGUUAUUUUGCUCAGGAUUCUACAAGAAAGGUUCACGAAUCUAUUGAGUCUAAUAGAGUAAGUAAUAAAAUAGUAAAUAAUGGUCGUAAAUUCAGUUCUACUGAUGAAUUAAGGGAUGAGCAGCAAAAACCAAGUACAAAAGCUAACAGAUUCAGUUUGUAUUAUACUCCGCAAUUAAGUAGAAAAACAUAUGAGUCGGAUGGUGAAGCUAGAAAGUCCAUGAAAAAUAUGAAUCAUUCAUAUGAAGGAAAUAGACCGACCAAUGAAAAAUUCUCAGAAGUAGAAAAGGUAACAGGUGAUAUUGCUGAAGUAAAGCGAAACCGAAGAUCAGUUGUGGAUAAUGUAACCGUCACUAAACGUAAUAAAACGAGCAAACAGUCAAUUAGCACACGAUCUAGCGUUAAAAGUAUGCCUGAAGGAAAAACUAAAUAAGCAAAAUGAGUUACAAUAAUAUUUAAAGUGACAGUCUGGUCUUUUUAUCGUAAAGAUCAAAUGUAACUUUAUUAUUAAUAUUCUUAUAAUAGUCACAAGUACACAAUUUGAGCAAAGAGUAUACCUAAAAUCGGCAUUUAUUUGAGUUAAAAUUAAUUUAAUGUUUAUAAAAUUUGUACGUACUAGAUGGAAUUGACACACUGUGUUGUAUUUAUUUGAUUUAUUUAUUUAUUGUAAUUGUUAUUAUUUGUCAAAAUCGUACGAUCUCAAAUUACAGGCAUUGUAUAUUUGUACUGCAGUUACACUGUUCUUAAGUGAGCUGAAAUCGUAUGCCAAAUGCAUUUUUAAUUCGAUUAUAUAUUAUUAAUUACUGUGUAAGGCUUAUCGGUCUAGCGUAGAUUUAAUAAAUUAUCGGAUCAUUAUGAAUAAGAAAUAAUAAUGGAGUAAUAUUUCAAAAAAUCCUUCUGACUUGUAACGGAGAGUAAUUGAUAUGGAUUAAUAGAGUAAAUGGAAUAUGCUCAAACACAAGUAAUCAAGUUUGCAAUCAGGUAAUGCUCAAGCGUAAAUCAUAAUGAUGAAAAUAUUUUUGUAAAAUGUUAUACGAGCAAUGAGAACUGAUUAUUGACACUGUGAUGGAAGGGCACGAUUUAAAGGAGAUACAUAAACAGGGAUUCAACCAAAAACUGAUAAAGAUGUAGAGAUAUUGUGUAUAUUUAUUUUUGUAGAAAUAAUGUCAUUGCUCUCCGUUGUCCUUGCGGAUUAACGAAGCACAAUAAAACAAAACUUCCUGCCGCAUCAUUGUUAUUUUAAUGCAAAUUAUUUUUAUCAUUAAUUAAUAUUGUAAAUAUAUAGUGAGUAGUUGACUGAUUUACAAAUAAAAUGUGCGGAUAAUAAAUUUCUCAGUAUCAAUUAGAUUAUAGGAUCACGUGUGACUGACGAAUCGAAAAUUUUAAAUAAUCAUGUAUUUCAUAUAUUAUCACAUAAUUAAUCGAAAUGGUGUAUGUUUUAUUAAUAAAUCUAUAAAAUUAUACAAGUUUUAAUAUGCAUAAUGUCGUGAUAGUUUUGUAGAUUUAAAUACAAGUGAUUUUCGCCAAAUAUUGAAUAUAAUAACUAAAUAUGUAUUUAUCACGUACUUUAGUAAAUUUAUAGAGAAUUUUAUUCUAAAUCUACAUGAUACACGAACUCAAGACAUGUUUUAUUCAUUUUUAAUUAUUUUCGUUUCGUUUGUUAUUUUGUAAACUCAAAAUUAUGUUCAAGUCACUAGACGAAAUUAUUAA